GCGGCCUUCGAGAAAUUGCCUUCCCACGUGAUGGUAGGUUCCGUCGUUUCAGUGACGAUGUUCGGCAGGCGGCUCGUGCAUUUAAAAAGUUCAUGCCCCUUUUUGAUCGCGUGUUGGUUCAAAGGUUCGAGGCUGAAGUCAAGAGCAAAGGUGGGAUAAUGCUACCUGAGAAAGCCAAAGGAAAAGUUUUGGAAGCCACCGUGGUCGCUCACGGCCCUGGAUUUAAGAACGAUAAAGGUGAAAUAGUUCCCGUCUGUGUUACUGUAGGCGACAAAGUUUUUCUCCCUGAAUAUGGUGGCACGAAGGUGGUUUUGGACGAGCAGGCAAGUUUCUUCACAUGUAAUUUAUCAACCCUGCAGGAAUAUUUCCUAUUUCGGGAAGCUGACAUACUGGCCAAGUUCGAAUCCU